AUGGACAUGUUAACACAAGCCGAGCAGCGCACGCUAGAGCAGCGCAUGCAAAAGCGCCAAGUCAAGGAAUUCAUGGGCGCAUUCGGCGGCCUUGUAGAGCACUGCUUCACCUCGUGCGUCGACGACUUCACUUCCAAAGCUGUGUCGACCAAGGAGAAUGGGUGUAUCAACCGCUGCGUGAUGAAGUGGAUGGCUACGCAGCAGCGUGUUAGCGAUCGGUUCCAGGAGCAUAAUGCGCAGCUCACGCAGCAGAUGCAGAAUAAAUAA